AUGGAAGAUGUGAAUGAAGAGAUCCACAAUGCAGUAUUGCGGGGCGAUCUUGAAGCCGUUGAAAGAGCUGAGGUGAAUAAGGGAGAUGAUGAGGGUUCGACUGCACUACACCUUGCUGCUCAGAAUAGUCCUCUUGAUGUCACCGAAUAUCUGAUCAGCCAAGGAGCUGAGGUGAAUAAGGGAGAUGAUGAGGGUUCGACUGCAUUACACAAUGCUGCUCAGAAUGCUGACGUGAAUGCGGGGGAUAAUAAGGGUGCGACUGCAUUACAAUUUGCUGCUCAGAAUGGUCGCCUUGAAGUCACCAAAUAUCUCAUCAUUCAAGGAGCUGACGUGAAUGCGGGGGAUAAUGACGGGAGUACUGCAUUACACUUUGCUGCUCUGAGUGGUCAACUGGAUGUCACCAAAUAUCUGAUCAGUCAAGAAGCUGAGGUGCUUAAGGGAAAUAAUGACGGGAGUACUGCAUUACACUUUGCUGCUCAGAAUAGUCAUCUUGAUGUCACCGAAUAUCUGAUCAGCCAAGGAGCUGACGUGAAUGUGGGGGAUAAUAAGGGUGCGACUGCAUUACGAGUUGCUGCUCAGAAUGGUCACCUUGAUGUCACCAAAUAUCUCCUCAGUCAAGGUGCUCAGCUGAAUAAGGAAGAUAAUGACGCUGACGUGAAUAAGGGGGAUAAUAAGGGUUUCAUUGCAUUACAAGUUGCUGCUCAGAAUGGUCACCUUGAAGUCACCAAAUAUCUCAUCAUUCAAGGAGCUGACGUGAAUGCGGGGGGUAAUAUAAAGGGUGCGACUGCAUUACAAUUUGCUGCUCAGAAUGGUCAUCUUGAUGUCACCCUAUAUCUGAUCAGCCGAAGAGCUGAGGUGAAUAAGGGGGAUAAUGUCGCUGACGUGAAUAAGGGAGAUAAUAAGGGUUUCAUUGCAUUACACAGAGCUGCUCACAAUGGUCACCUUGAAGUCACCAAAUAUCUCAUCAUUCAAGGAGCCGACGUGAAUGCGGGGGAUUAUAUAAAGGGUGCGACUGCAUUACAAUUUGCUGCUCAGGAUGGUCAUCUUGAUAUCACCCUAUAUCUGAUCAGCCGAAGAGCUGAGGUGAAUAAGGGGGAUAAUGUCGGUAAGACUGCAUUACACAGAGCUGCUCAGGAGGGUCAUCUUGAUGUCGCCCAAUAUCUGAUCAGCGGAGGAGCUGAUGUGAAUGAGGUAGAUAAUGAGGCUGACGUGAAUGAGGUAGAUAAUGAGGGUUUGUCUGCAUUACAACGUGCUGCUCUGAGUGGUCACCUUGAUAUCACCGAAUGUCUCUUCAUUCAAGGAGCUGAGGGGCUGAAAAGAGAUAAUGAAGGUGUCACUGCAAUGCACGUUGCUGCUCUGAAUGGUCAGCUUGAUGCCACCAAAUAUCUCAUCAUUGAAGGAGCUGACGUGAAUGAUAAAGUUAAUGAAGGUUGGACUGCAUUACACCUUGCGGCUCUGAAAGGUCAACUUGAUGUCACCGAAUAUCUCAUCAUUCAAGGAGCUAAGGUGAAUGAGGGAGAUAAUGACGGUUUCACUGCAUUGCACAUGGCUGCUCAAAAUGGUCAUCUGGAUGUCAUAGCAUAUCUCAUCAGUCAAGGAGCUGAGGUGCUUAAGGGAGAUAAUCAGGGAGCAGAGGUGAAUGAGGGAGAUAAUAAGGGUUGGACUGCAUUACACGUUGCUGCCCAAUUUGGUCAACUGGAUGUCGCCACAUAUCUCAUCAGUCAAGGAGCUGACAUAAAUGAGGAGAAUAAUAACGGCAGCACAGCCAUGCACAUUGCUGCUCAGACUGGUCAACUUGAUACCACUGGGAUUAUAGAUCACCGUGAUGAUGAUGGAUUGACUGCCAUUCACCUAGCCACUCAAAAUGGCCACACACUGGUUGUCGAGUCGCUGGUUUCCCAUGGAGCUUCCUUGAACAUCCAGGCGCAAGAUGGAAAGACCUGUCUCCAUGAAGCUGUCAUAAUUUCUGAUCACAAUGGCAGAAAAGAGCAAACAAAAGGGAGACCCCAACAGGUAAAGACGACUAAAACCUCACCUAGCACGGACAACCAAUAA